AUGCCGAACUCAUCUGCAGACUUUAAAUGGGUACCCACAAAACGUCUGGUGCAUGGACGUAUCGUUACGAAGUUUCUGCCACUGAUGAGGCAUCCAGGUCUGGGACUUGAAAAUCCCAAUUACUCAAACUUGUACACUGGUGAUGAAGUAUAUGUUUUCGAAGAAACCAGCGACGGCCGGUGGUUUCGAGGCUAUACAUGCUGGCAACCAUUACCGGAGGAUUUUAUCGGACGGCUAAGCUCGUUCAGUGAACAGCUGCCUGAACAGAAAUUCAAAGUCGUGGUGUUUCCUCAGAAGUUUGUGCAUCUUGAUUACGAAGAGGAGGUCACUGAUUUGCCCUUUUUGGCUGCGCCUGAAGCAUCGCAUUUUUCACCCUCCAACACCAAUACGCAGCUGUCAACAAUGUUUGAUCUUACGGGCGAUUGGUCGAAAGAUGACAUCAUGGAGCUUGGUGGGUCGUCUGUCACAAAGGCUAGUCGUCCUCCAUUUCCUUACUUCCGUCUACAGGAUUACGACAUCGUUCAGGAACUAACCCCGAUGUUAUCGCAGCUCGUGACGCAUGUGUACUCCAUGUACUCUUUCGGGGAGUUUGAAGUCGCAGAAAAUAUGACUGAUCUGUACUACAAACUUGAUGACAUUCGUCUAAGACUCUUGCAUAAGCUCACUACGCGCGUCGAACAUGAACAACUCAUCAAAGACAUGUGCUCUAUGUCGUAUAAAAUCGCCAAAUUUAUCUCUUCUAAGGAUUUGACCUUACUGACUCCUCAAGCGGAUUCUUUCAGCGUCGUGCAUGCCUCGGGUUAUGGUAGUAUUUUGUGUCGGGAGAUGCACACAGGUAAAUUGUACAAAUACAACGAGGUAAAACCCCAGGUUCUGGCUUCCAUGUCAAUGCUCUGCGGUCUAAGCAACAAUUUUCCAAGUGCCAAUGUAUACCAACUAAAACUGCUUCCUUUGGAAAACACAACCUUCGAUUCAGUGGAAUCUACGAGUAUUUUAGUGGACUUCAAAGAUGCAUUGAGCGAUCCUACCGUUAAUCCUAACUUCCAGGAUCUUUCUGCUAUCAUGUACUUGAGAGCAGGUAAAACCACCCUUUCGGAGCCUUUCAUUGUGAACAUGGAACGAGAUGAUGUAGUUUCGAUGGAUAAUAUAUCGGCAGCACUGUUCAACAACAUUCCUCCUAGCGAGGUUGAUAACAACAAGGUUUAUUUGGUUGUGGUGUUAACUGAAACAGUAAAAAUUCAACUCAUGUCACCGGAGUCGGGGAAAGGAUUCAGAAAACCAUUUGUUCCUUUUCUAACAGGCGGUGAUAACAGAUUAUCACAUUUGAAAAAAGGCCUGGCGGCUGGUGUAAUUGAUAUCUCCAGACUUAUUACCCGUAAAAAGAAACACAGACUCCCGGGUAAUUCGCACCAGUUUAACGUCGAAUUGUUCGGAUCCUACCUACCCAAUAAGCGAAAGGAUGCCCCUUCGCAACAGUCCAUGGUAAAUAUUGGUAAUGCUCCUAGUGCCGCGGCUCUGACGAGAGCAGCUGCUAAAAGUGAAGAAAAUAAUGGGUGGGGUGAGUUGGUAGACAGAAUUAUUGCAGACGCCAAUAAAGGUAUUGCAGUGAAUCCAAGAAUCUUGUCAUUGUCUGUAACUGUGAGGGAGAUCACCGGCGACUUUGGCGUCUCAAGCGUUCUCAAGAACAACAUGUCUGCCAUCCAAAGCAUACCGACUUGCUCAUAUGACACACUGUCGAAUCCAGAGGACAGAAUUUAUUUAACUCUGGGCAGGACGUCCCUAUGUGGAUUCAAGUCUUAUGACACCAACAUUUCGAGCAUUUCCAUUCAAAUAUCUUCCAGCAAUCCACUUGUUACGUUCAGAAAUGGUGUCAAUGAUGUGUCACGUAGAUACUGGAUGUUUGUAUCUGUGAAGCCGGACGAAGUGAUUGGUGAAACGAUACGGAUUGACGGAUUGCAGGAAAUGAAAAAUGAUGAAACCCUUAGAAUUUCAGCCUACAUUAAUGGUUUUCUCAUGGCCAAGUCAAAGUUUUACAUUAAAAGAAAUGACAAGAUCAUCGAAUAUGCCAAGAAGUCUGUAUUCCAGCUAAUGUCGACGACCAGCGAACCUCUCGUUGAUCUGGAGAUCACGACUGACUAUGUUGGGAAAAACUUCAAUGUUGAAUCGUCAAUUCGCAGUUUCCUUCAGUUCUCUUAUGAUUUCAAAAGAUCAUUUUACGAUUUUGAAAAAGAUUGCCUUCAAUUGCUGGCAGAGGUCAAAGCCACUCCAGUGAAAGAACUCAUCAAAACAUUUGAUGCUUUGUUGACCAAAUUUCUCGACGUAUUCUACGUCGCCAAUAUCCUCGAGGAGCAACGAUCAUCCGAUGAAUUUAAGAAGGCUUCUUUCAUGUCUCUGAUGUUUUUCUUGGACAUGGUUAUUGCCCGUCAAGACAACUAUCGACAUUUGUUCAAUGACUUCUUGGCAACAUAUGCGAUGAGGAAAUCAGAAUUGCCAGAGGUGGGGGCGAAGCUCGUUCAUUUCGCUUCCAAAUUUUUCCGCUUCUCCCACGAAGUAUGGAAUUACGAUGGAAGGGCACUAUGUCGAGUCUCGGUUUAUUUGUUUAAACUCGCUGUACUCCUUUCUAGCUCUCAUGAUGAUGGUCUUCAAAAGUCAUUGGUUGAAUUUUUUGACGGCAUAUCAACAUUUUUCCGUUUGAGAAAAGAAUCAUCGUUGGUAGAUCAAGUUUUGAUUCUGGAGGCGUUUGACGCUUGGAUCUUGGUUUUAUCAACCCACUGUGAUCCCAAGAUUCUUGUUGAUGCUUCUAUUGGUUUAUUCCAAGCUUGUCACGAUAAGGAGCGGACAAAUGGGAUUUAUCGAAGAGCUCUCUCGGUCAAGGAACAGAAAUUCGUUGCCUCGAAGUAUCUUGUCAUGCGUCGAUUGAUCGACGUGGACUCAGUGAGGAAUAUUCUUUUAACCCCUGACACUGUCGGUUCUCAUGAACAAAAAUUUAUUGCGAAACUGAUUGAGUGGUCUUUUGAGCCCUUCCUCAAUUACAAUGGCGAACAUCUACACUUGACUACCAUAAGGCUUGCUAACGGUGUUUUGGUCAGUGUUGUGAGGCAUGCGUCAGAUGUAGCGAAGCGUAACCUUGUAAGGUUGAUACCAACAGUGUGUCGGUUCUUUAUUCUGGUCAGAAAGUACUGCAAGGAGAAGGAGCUUUUCAAGCAUAGGAGAACUUUCACCAAACUUUUCCCCAUCACUUAUCCUUUUGACGAAAUCACCGUUGAUUCUAUUGUUCAAGAAGAUCUAGUCGUUGAGGUUUUGGUCGAGCUCGCUACUAUAUUGGCAACAAUCACGCAAAUGGCGGAGGAGACCUUCCAUGGUGCACUAUCUUUUCUGAAGAUCACUGAGCUGUGCUCUGAAGAUACGGCUUUCAAUUCAGUAUUUUAUGUGACACAGUUUACAAGGGAAGAUCUUCUCACGGUGGUGCACACUGUUAGGCUCUUCAUGAAGGGAAAAUUCUUCCCCAGUAAGAAAUGGCUUUCGUUGAGUGAGCUGUACAACCGAAGUGCUGUUUGCUUAUUCAAACUCUGCGAGGACAUUAUGGCUGCUCAUAAAAUCCCUGUGAUAGGUUCAGAGGAAUCUUUGGACAUCAAAUUAUGGAAUGAAUGGGUGAAAAUGCUUAUUUCUCUUGGAAACCAUAUUCCUUCCAAUCCAACACUUCUAGCCGAAAUUCCUAGAAAAGCUUUGUAUUUGAUUGGAGGGGACUACAGAAGCGAGGUGGCAGCUAUGCUGGAGCACUGUUGGGAUGCUUUAGGUGAGGAUGUAUCUAACACCGAAGUUUGGGAAAAAUAUGGUAUUACUAGAGCUAAUGGGUUUCAGAACUAUCUCGUUCGCGCUGACAAAACUUUUGUUAGAGAAAUCAUGGAAUUCACGUUCCAGAGGCACACAGAAGCUAGAAGAGUCGGUGCCAAGAUUAUAUGGGGUACAUCUGCCAACUGUUGGCUCACUUAUGGGAAUUUGGAGCCUGUAAUGAUGCAGACGACUUCCGAACUGUGUGCCGCUCAUCAGUCAGGUAGGUUUACACCAACGCUUCAGGAAUCUGAAAAUUAUGUGAAAGCACUUCUUUUCACCAUCCGGCUGGCGAAAGAUGAUGCCAUGUUUUCUUCUAUUUUGAAAGUUAUGAAGUUGGUACGCGAUCUGCUCACUGUUUUGAUUGAAUUCAGUGAUAUUCCAGACGACAAGGAAUUUGACGAUGAUAGAACUGCUCACCAAAUUACCAUUUUCGGGUAUCUCUUAGAAGUUAAAAAGCCCGAAGAGCUUCAUAAACUCGUCAAUGACUUGUACAUUUACAACAUCAAGAAGAAGGACAAUGUUCAGGCCGCUUUAAGUUUGGAGCUGUUAGCGAGAACCUAUAAGUGGGACCCCAAUGACCUUCUUUCACCAGUCGCGUUCCCGGCACUUCCCGAGCAGUCUUCAUUUCAGAGAAGAGAAUUCUUGUACAAAGAAGUGGCUAGACAUUUCCAUAAAGGUUUGAAACUCGAAAAGGCCUUGUCGAUUUACAAAGAAUUGGCUCAGGCGUACGAGAAAAUCAAUUACGAUCUGAGUGGCUUAUCACAAGUUCAUGGCAACAUUUCAAAACUUUACGAAGAUUUGCAGGUCGUGGACAGAUUGGUACCAACAUACUUCAAAGUUACGUUUGCAGGAUUCGGUUUCCCAAGCUCGACAAGAAACAAGACGUUUAUUUAUGAAGGUCUUCCAUUCGAGCAUAUUACAUCAAUGCAAACUAGACUAUUAGUUUCACAUCCCGGAUCGAAAAUUGUCGGUACGCAGGAUGAGGCAGAUAAUCUUUUGGUGAACUCGCCCAUCGGAAAGUUCAUUCAUGUAAUCACCGUUGAGCCUAGAGUGGAAAUUUCAGACGCCUUCACGAACAAAAGUAAAAAGGAAAAUGCCAACAACAAAAUCAGAUUGUAUGUUGAAAACAGAGAUUUGAACACGUUCUGCACGUAUAGAGUCUUACCUGGCGCAACUUCUGCUACAGAUCUGUGGGUCAAAGAGCUAACCUACGAGACCGCCUCCACGUUCCCAACGAUGAUGAAUAGAGCCGAGAUCACCACCACGAGCAGCAAAACUUUAUCGCCAAUCGAGAACGCUAUUCGUUCUAUGCAAUUGAAGAUUCAAGAUCUUGCCGGUUUGGAAGACACGUGCUACAAGAUGUUGAAGGAAAAUGGCGAUUAUACCGCUGUGUUCCCAGAACUAUCCAGAAAUAUCAGCGGUACUAUUGACGCACCAGUAAACGGCGGUGUUGCCCAAUACCGCGAUUUCUUCACAAUUGGAGAGAGCGAUCUGGGUGAUCAAAGCCAAUUGAGUUUGUUGAGGUCUACAUUCGACGAACUGGCAUCCAUAUUGAGUAGAUGUCUAGCCCUGCAUGGACAUCUUUGUCACGGGUACAUGAAGAAGUCACACGAAAUGUUGCUGGGCCUCUUCUACAAGAAUUUUGCCGACGAAAUCGCAAAGAACAACCUCGUCGUGAACGAAGCCGACCUGGAUCUGGUCAGUCGUAUCACCUCGAGGACCACCGACACUGGUCUAAGCAGUGGACCAGUAGUCGAACCCUCGCAAGAAGCAUCUACGUUACCAAAGUCGGUGACCUCUGGCGCACAUUCUAUAAAAUCGGGUGAAUCGAUUCCGAACAGCGCUGGCUUAAACGGCGUAGCAUUGAACCCCACCGAAUCCGCUUCUGUGGCGUCUAAUGGUACCAAACAAAACUCCAGGACGUCAGCGCAGUCCUCAUCGAAAUUGAGUUUGUUCCGGACCGGAAUGAAUAAGAAAUUUGGUAAAAGUGCUAAACCCAAAAAAUAA